AUGGCAGCCGAACCUGCGUUCACGCCGGUUGUCGCAUCGAGGACACUCACUUCGAAGCCUGUAAAUGCCGCGACGCCCCGUUAUAGUCAAGAUGUGGCUCAAUACGUUCAGAAGGCCUUUUUCGAUUUUCACAAGUUGAAAAACCAACCAGCGUAUGCGCACAUCACCGACGCUGACAUCCGCGCGAAGCUGGCGGAAAUAAUCAACCGCGCCACUGCAGAUGGCACAAUAAACAGAGAUUGGCAGCAGACCCCGUUACCGCAUCAGCUCAUCGUGGAGGAGCGCCAUAAGGCCGCGCUAUACGUGACACAGAACAAUAUGCUAACUAACCUCAACCUUGAUCACUCCGGAUCGCCCGAUGUGGCAAGUAAGAAGCGAAAGAGCCUUGAUACGGAAUCUGCUGGAUCAGAUAGCUCGACGAGUCCUCCUCCGUGGAAGAAAUCCAACAACACAAAGCAGAGUCUUGCCGACCGGAUAACUGGGACGAGUAAGACGCUAGACAAAAAGCGCAAAGACAAAGAGCCCUUUCGAGGCAAUAGUCUUGAUACGAGUGAAGAUGCUCUUGCGAGACGUAGACAGCGAUUUGGAUACAUUUCUCCCGAACUGUCAUCCUCGCCUACCGUACAUAAUAGUUCCAGCCUGCUCGAGGCCAGUGCCGGACCCAUUGUCGGCACUUGUCAGAAUCUAGAAAAGAACUACUUCCGUCUGACCGCACCUCCGAACCCCAACACCGUUCGACCUUUGCCAGUCCUGGAGAUGGCCCUCGAUCUCAUCAGCACGAAGUGGAAACAGCAGCAUGACUAUUCGUAUUUCUGUGAUCAAAUGAAAUCGAUGCGGCAAGAUCUGACUGUGCAACGUAUCAAAAACGAAUUCACAAUCAAAGUCUACGAGUUGCACGCUCGAAUCGCCUUAGAGAAGCGGGACCUGGGUGAGUACAAUCAGUGUCAGACGCAGUUGCGCGCCCUGUAUAAGAUGAAUCUUGGACCCAACGGGGGAAGCGGAGGACACAAGGAUGAGUUCACAGCGUACCGAAUUUUAUACAUGAUUUACACAUGCAACAGGACCGACAUGAACAACAUGUUGGCCGAUCUAACAACAGCAGACAAAAAAGGCCCAUUUGUACAGCACGCACUUCGGGUGCGAGCAGCACUGGCUAGUGGCAAUUACCACAAGUUUUUCAACCUCUACGCUGAAUCGCAGGAUCAACGAUGGAACAUGGUUCCAUAUCUCAUGGAUAUGUUUGUCGAACGCGAACGAGUCGCCGCAAUGGCGGCUGUGUGCAAGACGUACAAACCUGAGAUCACGUUCAAUGAUGUCGUCAACACGCUUGCUUUUGAUUGCGACAAUGGUGAAACCUUUUUCACUGAAGAGGUAAUUCGUCGCUGUCAUGAAUUCAUGGUCAAGCAUGGGGUCCAGCACUUAGUGGUCCAGAAAGACGACAAACCCACUGCAUUUCUCACAGGCAAAGCCGGGAACAUCUUUGAGGAUGCGAAGCGGAAGGCUUUUGGCAAAGUGGAUAUCAAAGGCCAAAUUUGA